AUGGCUGGCCCAGAUUGUGGUCCUCCUCGCCGGAGCCACACCAAGUCCCGCAAGGGUUGCGAUACGUGCAAACGGCGACGCAUCCGAUGCGACGAAAGCUUCCCCCAAUGCCGUAAUUGUACUAAGCACAAGAUUCGCUGCCCGUACAAUGACGUCCAAGUCUUCGAUGCUGAUCGAUCCAUGACCCGUGACAAACCAGAUUUGAUGUGGACGCCCCAGAUCGAAGCUGCAAUCAACGACUGGCGAACAACGGGCGUUUUCCCCUUCCCUAGCUUUGGCCUCUAUCCAGCUCCCUUGCUUCACCUAUACUCCCUUGAGGACUUGCGAUUGAUCUAUCACGUCGCCGCUUUGUAUUAUCAACUGGCCACCAUUGACGCCAAUAAAUUUACUCUCUGGACCCAACAUAUCCCCACCCUGCUCCGAAUCGGUGCGACAACUCCCUAUGUUAUGCAUGCCCUUCUUGCCUUUUCUGCCAUGCACAUCGCUUUCCUCACCGACUGUCCCCUAGUCGAUAGCAUGGCCUAUGAGCACAGGGGCAUUGCCCUGAAGGCUUUGCAGGAUGCCAUCAGCACCUUUUCCAGAGAAACGUCGGAUGCUAUUUUGGCAGCAUCCCUUGUUCUCUCCUGGCAAGCCACCGAUUGGCGCAGCUGGACUCAACUGAUGCAGGGAACCUCAUCGGUUAUCGAUGCCAUGGAUCCCUGGAAGCACGAGUCGCAAUUUGGGGACUUCAUUGCUGAGAGCAGCACCUUUCCUACCACACCGCCCUCGCCAGGACAGGACCAUCGACCCAGCCAGCCUCGACCUGAGGACCUCGAGGCUUAUCAGCGGACGCUAGAACAGAUCCAAAAGGUGGAAUCGCACCUCAAGCACCACAAAGAGGAGCCAACGCAGAUCCAACAUCUCAUUAGGUUUCUCCGGGGCUCUCGCAAGACCAGUCCCACGCUCUCGAUUGCCCAGCAGUUUGAGCGGUUGCAGCCGCUGAGGACAUGGCUUUUCUGGAUGCCCGUAGGCUACCUCCAGAACUAUCACGGUUCCCCUAACUCCCUGGUUGUCAUUGCCCACUUGUACACUAUGGCCCUUCUGAUGGAACGCCUCUUCCCUGAGAUUGGCGCUGCCUACUUCGGUAGUCUGGCCAUCGGGUCCGUUGAGGAAAUUGCUCGACGGCUCAUGUCAAUCAGCGUUUCAAGCAAUGCCAAGGGUGAACUCCAGAUCCCUUUGACGCUCAUGGAGUUCCCCAUCGACACCGUCAGCGAGUUCCGAUCGCGAAUGAGCUGGAUCCAACCGGAGGCGACUCCUUCGCUCCCGCAGUUCAACCCUCCUAACUUCUCCAUCCAUGAGGAGGUGCCGAUACCCGCUACCACGGAAUCCUACAUGCCGUCCGGAAACCCUGCCUUCAGCUACAGCACUGGAGAGAUGCCGAUGCUCAACACGUCUCGACCCCCUGCCCACAGUUCCGUGAGCCCAUUGGCUCUCUCGUCCCCGUUCCAGAGCCGGCAGUACAUCAACAUCCCAUCUACGGCAUAUGCAGGCGCCCACAGCCCAGCAUUGUCAACUUUCGAGGGUUCGUUCGCAUAUAGCGACACAGAAGAAUGCGGAUCGUAUGACAUGAGUGGCAUGCAAGGCUCUCCCGCCUUGAUGAACGAUCCACACUGCAAUUUUGGCGUUGGGUUCGUCUCCCAUACCUAG